GGUCGAUUCGUGUUUGUGUCGUAUUGAAGUGGGGUGGAGUCCGACUUUGACUUGUUCGCACCAACCUAUUUAAGUCCCACGAUUCGUGAGGGUCGGAGUAUACCUGUUGUUUUGCAAGGCAAUCAAUCGUCCACCUACAAGAUCAUCAUCAUCGAGACAGGACAGGAGAGCUAGCAAAGACAUGGCGGCGGCGUUGGGUCGUCUGGUGCUGCCGACGAUCAGCCGGCGACUCGCUUCCCCACAGCCCAUCCCCUCCUUCGCCGGCACCGGCAAGGCCGCCCAGGGUCGCCAGGCGGAGAAGUGUACGAGUCUACGAUCAUACAGCUCAGAGGCUGCCGCGCGCGAAGCACGCAAAGAGCGGCUGAUGUACGAACAUGCGCGGGCCGAUUUACUCUUGAAUCUCCCGAUUUGGGCAGGCGCCGCGCUGUUCUGCUAUGGGUUCUUCUACCGCGAUCACAACCGUAAGGUCGAAGAAAGGACUAGUAGGUCAUCAUCCGAUGUUGAGUACGUAGCAGACUGGGAUCAGAAAAAGCAAUGAAUUGCAGCUACGUUGAUGAGUCGAAUAGCUGGACACACGAGAC